AUGGCGGCCACCGGGAAGAUAGAUGUGGAGGUUGAGCUCAAGUCUCCGGCAGACAAGUUCUGGGCUGCGAUUAGGGAUUCCCCUGACCUUUUUCCUAAGGCUUUUCCCAAUCAGUACAAGAGCAUUGAUGUUCUUGAAGGUGAUGGCAAGUCAGUUGGGACCAUUCGUUUGGUCAAAUAUGCUGAAGGAUCUCCAGAGAUCACAUUCUCAAAGGAGAAGAUUGAAGUUGUUGAUGAAGGUAACAAAACAGUGAGUUACAGCGUGAUCGACGGGGACCUCCUCAAGUUCUACAAGGUGUUUAAGCCAACCCUGGUGGUGAGCUCCGAGGGUGAUGGGAGUGUGGUGAAGUGGAGCUGUGAAUUCGAGAAGGCAAGUGAAGAAAUCCCCAAUCCAGACAUCAUCAAGGAGUUUGCAGUCAAGAAUUUCCAGGAACUGGAUGCUUAUCUCCUCAAGGCAUAA